AUGAGAUCGUGUAGUCACCAUGAGAAGUUGGGGCACACUGUAGAAGAUAGCAACACAGACCGGGGUGGACAGACCCGUCAUUACCGCCUUGUACACCAAAGACCUCAUGGACAGUGCUCAAACUGCAAACCUUAUGCCAAAAUUGUAAGGGUUGUCAGCGCUGCAGAUCCAGCAUCUCUCAUUGUGAAAGAUGCCAAGGGUAUAUUGUUUGAUAUGGGGUCUUACACAAAUGAUUUGAUCGCAAAUGAAAUAUCAUUACUUGAAGAAGAAAUAAAUAGGUUGGAAUUUGAAAUGACAAGAGAUAAGUACUCAACACCAUUAGCUGAAUGGCAUAAUUCUCCCAAUGGCAAGGUGAAGGGAAAGGCCAAGAGCCGAUCCUCCCGUGCCGGACUUCAGUUCCCCGUGGGUCGUAUCCACCGUCUGCUGAGGAAGGGCAACUACGCCGAGAGAGUGGGAGCCGGUGCCCCCGUGUACCUGGCCGCCGUUCUUGAAUACUUGGCCGCCGAAGUCUUGGAGUUGGCAGGCAACGCCGCCCGCGACAACAAGAAGACCAGAAUUAUCCCCCGUCAUCUGCAGCUGGCCAUCCGCAACGACGAGGAGUUAAACAAACUGCUGUCCGGCGUGACCAUCGCCCAGGGUGGUGUCCUGCCCAACAUCCAGGCCGUGCUCCUCCCCAAGAAGACCCAGAAGUCCGCCAGCAAGUAAAAAAAAGUCUGUACG